AUGGGCGAGCCAACAGACAAGGCAAAUCCAGAAGUUCCCACUACCAUCGUGGCAGAUGGAACACCCGUCCAGCUCGAAGCUACCGGGGAUACAGACCAAGGCCUACGCGCCUGGACAGUUGUCGUGGGCGCCUGGUGCGUCAAUCUAUGUGGUUUUGGCUGGGUCAACGUCCCACCAGCUGCAGUCCUACUCUACCUCCAGCAUCUCUUGGAUUCUAUCCUUACAGCCAUAUUCGACAACUAUGGGCCAAAACUGCUUCUCCUCAUUGGUACGGUGCUACAGGUCCUCGGACUGAUGAUGACCUCCAUCUCAAACGAAUACUACCAAUUCAUUCUUGCUCAGGGCAUAUGUGGUUCCUUGGGCGCCAGUCUCACAUUUUACUCGUCAAUUGCAUCGACAGCAACUUGGUUUGAUAAAAGGCGAGCCCUGGCAUUCGGCCUUGUUUCCAGCGGCUCUUCGUUCGGUGGAGCCAUAUUCCCCAUCAUCCUGUCCCGGCUGUUACCCGGCAUCGGAUUUGGAUGGACUCUCAGGGUAGUUGGGUUUCUGGUUUUCGUGCUGCUUGUAAUCGCCAACUUGACCAUUCGGUCUAGAGUUGCUCCUGUGCCUCGGCCGGUCAAGUUCCACGACUACAUCAGUCCAUUCUCGGAGGUACCUUUUGUCCUGCUCACAGUGGGAUCUUGCCUUGGCUUCUUUGCGACUUUUGUACCGAUAAACUACGUCAUCCUAGAAGCUCAGACAAGCGGAGUAGACCCUAAUCUGGCUGGAUACCUGCUUACCAUACUUAAUGCUGCGAGGUAA